AAGAAAGAGGAAAGAAACAGCAGGCAUCAGUAGCUGUGAGGAUUUGGGAAAGGCCUCCUAUAGAAGAACCAUGGCACCACCAAUAUGGGCCGUCCUGCUGCUGGGCCUGUCUGUCCUGCCUAGAUCCUGUUUAUCGGAGCCAGUCCAUGAUGCCUUUACGGAGGGGCAGAAACAGGAGAAAGUACCGCUGCUUCUCCUCCUCAAGUCAGGCAACCAGGAUUCAGACAAGACACCAGUGGGUCCCACGGGGCUCCCAGCACACUCCUGGGCCCUGGACUUUACCGCUGACACCCAGGAGGCCUCCAAGAAAUCAGAUUCCUUCACCUCCCUGGAUCCAGCAGGCACUUUCUUCCCAAAGCUGGAGAGCUGCCUGGAGCCCCGCAGGGGGGCUGACCAGAGAGAAGAGGCCGGCUGCGUGGAGACCCCAUCGGCAGAGCAGACCCACCAGCUGGCGGAGGCCAUGAUGGAAUUCACUUUAGACUUGUUCGACAAAAUCCUGCAGAAAUCCAGCAGCCCCAACGUGGUCUUGUCACCCCUCAGUGUUGCCCUAGCUCUGUAUCAUCUGGAACUAGGAGCCAGGAGUAAGACGGCCCAGCAACUACAAAAAGUCCUGCGUGUGGAAUCUGUGUCCUGCCUGCACCAAACACUCAGUAGCAUGCGCCAGGAGCUGGGCGGCACAGCAGCCCUACGAAUGGCAGCCAGAAUGUACCUGGAGAAAGGCUUCCCAGUCAAACAGGAAUUCCUGGAGCAGUCAGAGAGAUUUUUUGGUGCAAAGCCCUCUUUCCUGAAAGGGGAUGAGAAGGAAGACCUUCAGAUCAUCAACCAGUGGGUGAAGGAGGCCACGGAAGGGAAGAUCGAGAACUUCCUGUCGGAGCUCCCAGCAAACACAGUGAUGCUACUCCUGAAUGCUGUGUAUUUUCAGGGUUUCUGGAAGACCAAGUUUGACCCCAGUCUGACCAAGACGGACGCUUUUCAUCUGGAUGAGAAGUACAUAGUCCCUGCGGUCAUGAUGAAGGCUAAGAACUACCCUUUGCGCUGGUUCUUGCUGGAUCAAGGAGACGUGCAGGUGGCUCAGUUCCCUUUCAAGAACAACAUGAGUUUCGUGACUGUGGUCCCCAGCCAGUUCGAGUGGAACAUCUCCCAGUUGCUGGGCAACCUGAGCAGGGCCGCCUUGCAUAGACCCUUCCUGAAGGAGAGGCCCACAGUGGUGACGAUGCCCAAGCUGCAGCUGGAUCACCAGAUGGACCUGGCCUCCACCCUGGGCCAGCUGGGCCUCGAGGAGCUGUUCCAAGCCCCAGACCUUCGGGGGAUCUCGGAGAAAAGCCCGGUGGUGUCCAGCGUGCGGCACCGGGCUACCUUGGAGCUGGACGAGGCUGGCGUGGAGGCGUCCGGCGUCACCAGCGUGAUGAUGUCCCGCAUGUCCCACUUCUCGGUCAACAUGAACCGGCCCUUCCUCUUUUUCAUCUUCGACGACGUCACCCGCCUGCCACUGUUUGUGGGCAGCGUCAAAAACCCCAACCCCGGGGGGCAGAAGGAGGUCAAAGAGCAGCGCGACGCCCCUGACAACAAGGAUUUUCUCUGGAGUCAGAAAUACUCCCCCAUGACAGACAAGUUUUUCGGGCCCAACUGGAAGUUUUCUUCCCCCCAGGAGGAGGACGACUAUCCUGAAUUCCAGAACCCCAAGUGAAGGCGGGCGGGCGGGGCUGUGGCCGCACCCCGGGCCCCCCAGGCCGCCCCGAGGCGCUCCUCCUGAGGUUGGCGUGGGGGCAGGGACUCCGACCUCUCGUGACUCUUUCUGACCAGUCUGCCAAUCUGGGAUGAGGCACUGGUGCCAGGGGAGGGGUUUGGGAUGGGGGAGGUGAGGACAAGAAGAUCCCAUUCCCCUCCCCCUCCUUGGGGUGGGAGCGAGGGGCCGCUUUAUCCUCCUGGGGUAGCCAUUGUAAAAGGGCUGGGAGGAUUUUUCUCUUCUGGGGCUUGGGGUGUGCAUGCUGAUUGUCAAUGACGAAGGUCAUUCACAAAAGAAAGUGCAGCACUUCCCAGUUUGUUUACAAUUAUUCUGGUGGAGGAGGUAGGGGCACACAGGGAGAGGGAGGGAACAAAUGGCUUGGCACCCCUUCUGGCCAUAUAGGACAGGGACAGACCCACCCUGGGGGGACUUUGAGUCAUCUUACUCUGAGGAAAGGACAACUGAGAGAAAGAAGAUGGGAACUGACCCUCCUUAGAAUCACAGGAUCCUGGAUUUGUAGCUGGAAGGGACCUUAGAGAUCAUUUAAUUAAACUCCCCCUCAUUUUACACAUGCAGAAACAGACUUGCCCAAGGUCACGGUAGUCUCUUGGUUUCCUGGACCCCACACCAGUGAUGACACCGGAGUGAGAGCAUCUGAGUGGGUUUUAAUCCUGGCUCUUCCCUGUGACCUAGGGCAGACGAAAUGAAGGGAGAUGGACUAGAUAAUCCCUAAGGUGGCAUCGUCCUGUCUUACUCUAAUGUUCCUAGAGUCAACGGCAAUGUUAAGCUGAAAUCCUGAACAGAGGAGCACCUCACUGACCCAGUGGCAUAUUCUCCCCAUCCCACAGCAACUCGGGCCUGAUCCCCCUCAGCUUGCCUCACCUCCAACCAUCCCCGAGGAUCCCAGAGUCACCAGAUUGGCUCUCCUUCUCUCCUCUGAGUCCCAUAUGGAGUGGGCAGGGAGGGUGGCUGGAGGCUUGUUUUAUAAAGUUUUUCUAGUGAUUUUUAUGUCAUCAGAAUAAUAAAGAAUGAAUUGGC